AUGGCGUACCCCGUUGCGCGGCCCGUAGCGCGCCUCGUGAGCGCUUCCUUGCCGCAGCCCGUCGCCCACGCGCUACCCGCUGCUUCUGCCCGUCGCCGACGCGCUACCCGCAACUGCAUCCCGCCGCCCGAGCGAUAUCCGCUGCUGCAGCCCGUCGCCCAUCCCGUCGCACUGCCGCCCGUCGCCAGAUCCCCGCCACUCGUACGCUCUCCGCUGCUCGUCGCCAGCAACUGCCGUUUCGUCCCGUACCCGCACUGUCCCUGCCCCUCCCCGUCCCUCCCUCGUCGCGCCUUCCCCCUCUACCGCGCCUGCCUAUGCCGUGUUGGGCGGUGGUGGGUGUGGAGUGCAAUGGGGGCGGCGGCGGCGGGAAUGGCAGGAGUUGCGGGAGUGGCGGGGUUGGCGGCUCAUGUGGGGGGGUGGGGGAGGCGUGGGGGAAAGGGGUGUGCCCGUGCUGCCCCGUUCUGCUCGUGCUACCUCGUGCUCCUGUUCUGCCCCCGUGUUCCCGUGCUGCCCCCGUGUUCCCAUGCUGCCCCCGUGCUGCCCCGUUCAGCCCUUGCGCUGCCUCGUUCUGCCUGUGCUGCCCCGUUGUCCCCGUGUUGCCCUGUUCUGCCCGUGUUGCCCCGUUCAGCCCGUGUCCUGCCCCGUUCGGGCCGUGUCCUGCCCCGUUCUGCUCGUGUUGCCUCGUUCAGCCCGUGUCCUGCCCCGUUCUGCCCGUGUUGGCCUGUUCUGCCCGUGCUGCCCCGUUCUGCCCGUUUGUGUCCUACCCGUGCUGUCCGUACCCGUUGGUGCCCCACCCGUGCUGUCAGUUCUCGCUCGUGCCCCACCCGGUCUGUGCUGCCCGGUCUCGUGCUGCCUGUCACCCCCGUCGGCGCUGCAGCCCGGCAUGCAGCUGGUCAAGCACCGUCGCGAGGAGCGAGAGGCACUCACCAAUGUCCGAUAGGCGCCGCUCCCACCGGACAAUGUCAGCCACUAUCGGGGUGUCAGCAGCCCACCGCCCCAGUAAAAACCCAGGCUGAGCCGGGGCCGUCCAAGUAUCCCGCUCAAGCCACCACUCCUCUGGUGGGUCAGGAGCAUCACCCGGAAGGCCAGGAGAAGGAGAGCGGCGACGGAACCGAGGCACCUGUGGCAACACCGGUGGAAGGAGAGGACGCUGCCGAUGCGGUCCCUGGUCCACAGCACCGCCCAGGGGGGCGGCCUGGACGGAAGGAACGACGGGAGGGUCCGAGCACGGGGCAGACAGGGACGGCUGAAGAGGAGGCACCAGCGGUGCUUGCACGGCAGGAGCAGGCGGAGGUGGAGGAAGCGCUUCCGCCUCGGGGGCCGGCGGCGCCGGAGGAACAGCGGAGGCUGGAACGGAUGACGCCGGGGGCGGCGGUGGCGCCAGAAGGGACGCCCAAGUCGGCGGAUUUUGAGGCGGAGGUACCGAACUUGGACCCGAAGAAACCGACGGCGCCAUCGACGGGGAGGGCAACUGGGGCGCCGAUGCAGACAAGGGCUGCCGCUGCGAGGAAGAUGCCUGCGUCGACGACGGAUGGGAUGGCGGAGGAGGAGGGGGAGGCUGCGCCGGAAGGUGCGAUGGAUGCGGAUGCGGCGCCGGGUUCGCGGGAGGCGGCGGGGCAACCAUCAGAGAACGCGCGGACCGCGGUGCAAGCGACGGGGACGGCCGGGGAGGAUGCCGACGGCGGAACGACUGGCCCCGGGCCCGUAGAUGAGGAUGCUUCCGCCCACGAGGAGACCGAUAAAUCGGCUCACGAGGCGCGGUCAAAACAGCAGGCGCCUGGGAAGAACCGCCACCGGCCACGGCAGCAACAACAUCAGCGGCGGCUCGGAGCAGGGCUGGCACCUGCACGACCUGGGCCGUUGGUGGGGUGGGCGGAGCAGGAAGACGAUCCCCGGGCGGCGGACGCCGAGGUGCAGGCUGGUGCCGACCCGUCAUCACCACACCGCCGCGAAAUUGCGGCGGAAGCACCGAACGAGAGGGAAAGCGCCGCAGAAGAAGAGGAGGACAGAAGGGCCGCGGCGAGACACAGCCGCCACCAAGGGGAAACGAGACGGCAGUAG